AUGGAUCCCUCUAUUCCGACGUCAACAAUUGAUGAUUGGCUUGGCUCUGUUCCUCCGAUCCCAACCCGUACUGAUCCCGCCUUGUCCAUCUUUGCAACACAAGACUGGUACGACCUUAACUACAACGAGAUAAUUGCCAUUCUUUACAGAUUCCUGAUUACUGGGAAAGAGGGCGACAUGAACGGCGAAGUGGUUCUGGAGUGUGCCAAAGCCGCCGCGAGCAAAUGUCUUGGGUAUCGACGACAAUACAUCGGACGCGCAGUCAACUACACCUGGAGUACCCUACACGUUGUCUUCUCGGCUGGUCUAACGUACCUUCGUUGUCUUUGUGCCUCGGCUCAAUUACGUCAAGAGACCAGCAUCACUGAAAUGAGCACCAUCCUCACGAGCUGCACCAUGCUGCUAGUGGUAAUAGCUGAGCGGUGGAAGAAGGCUGCCCCUGACAGAGACAUUUUUGAGGCCUUUUGCAGCGGCACCACCUCGAUGAUGGCAAAUCGAGGCAGCCAACAGCCAUCAUUGCCGCCAUCUAUGGAGCCGAGCUCUACUGAAACGGAAAGAUUUGCGGAAUGGGUGGCUAACAUCUCAAGCUGGGGAAUGUCUGAGGCGGUGGAUGAUUUGUUAAAUGGAUUAAUGACGGAUGUCGAGCCUCAGGAAGAGGCGGAACGCCAUGCCUAG